AAGGGCUGGCGGGGAGAGGGUGGGGAGGUGAGCACCCGUGGAAGACGAAAGCGGAGGUGCAGGGACGGUGCGGCUCCGCCAUCAGUGACAGCCUAACGAUGUUCCUCUGGGCGCAGGAUUUUGGGGAUUUAUCAACAGACUAAUUUCUUCACUGCCAAAAUGGCAUCACUUUCUACCUCUGCCCAGUGUUCAACAUCUGGCAGUGCUUGCAGGAGCUCUCCAAGACAGAUCAAGCAGGUACGACCAAAGCUGCCACUUCUGAAGAUUUUGCAGGCAGCAGGUGCGCAGGGUGAAAUCUUCACUGUUACCCAGGUCAUGCACUUUCUAGGCCAAUAUAUAACAAUGAAGCAGCUUUAUGAUCCUCGGGAGCAGCAUAUGGUAUAUUGUAGUGGAGAUCUUUUGGGAGAACUCCUAGGAUGUCAGAGCUUCUCUGUGAAAGAUCCAAGCCCUCUCUAUGCUAUGCUAAGAAAGAAUCUUGUCGCUUUAACCACUGCUACUGCAGAUGCUGCUCAGACUCUCGCUAUCGCACAGGAUCAAAAUCUGGAUAUUCCAAGUCAAGACCACCUGAAGCAAAACGCGGAGGAAAGUCCCAGUUCCAGGAAAAGCACUGAAGAAGGCAAUAUUCUCACACUGCCUACCUCACAGAACAAAUGCACACAUUCCAGAGAAGACGAGACAUCUAGGCUGGACCUCGGGCUUGAGGAGUGGGAUGUAGCUGGCUGGCCAUGGUGGUUUUUAGGAAAUUUGAGAAACAGUUACACACCUAGAAGUAAUGGCUCAACUGAUUUACAGACAAAUCAGGAUAUAGGUACUGUAAUUGUUUCAGAUACGACAGAUGACGUGUGUUUUUUGAAUGAGUCAGUAUCAGAGCAGUUUGAUGCUGGAAUAAAAGUCGAAGCUGCUGAUAUUGAACAAACAAGUGAAGAAGUAGGGAAAGUGAGAGACAAAAUGGUGACUGAAGUGGGAAAAGGUGAUGACCUUGAGGACUCUAAGUCCAUAUGUGAUGAUACUGAUGUAGAGGUUGCCUCUGAGGAUGAGUGGCAGUGUACUGAGUGCAAGAAAUUUAACUCUCCAAGCAAGAGGUACUGUUUUCGGUGCUGGGCCUUAAGGAAGGAUUGGUAUUCAGAUUGUUCUAAGUUAACACAUUCUCUCUCCACGUCUGAUAUCACUGCCAUACCCGAAGAGAAGGAAAAUGAAGGAAUUGAUAUCCCCGAUUGCCGCAGAACCAUAUCAGCUCCAGUUGUUAUACCUAAAGAUGCAUACAAAAAAGAAGAAAACCCCAAACUCUUGGAUCCCUGCAACUCUGUGGAGUUCUUGGAUUUGGCUCACAGCUCUGAAAGUCAAGAGACUGUGUCAAGCAUGGGAGAACAAUCAGCUAACCUUUUCCAGCAGAGAACAGAGACAGGAAGCAUGGAGGAUUGCCGGAAUCUUCUGAAGCCAUGCAGGGUGUGUGAGAAAAGACCACGAGACGGGAACAUUAUUCAUGGAAGGACGAGCCAUCUUGUCACUUGUUUUCAGUGUGCCAGAAGAUUAAAGAAGACUGGGGCUUCAUGCCCUGCGUGCAAGAAAGAGAUUCAUUUGGUUAUUAGGGUUUUUAUAGCAUAGCUGUGAAGCGGUGAAUUUUAACAAUAUUAACAGGGUCAUGUAUUCAAAACGUCAGUCUUGAGCAUCUUUGUUCAGUCUGACGUAUUAUUUAUUCAUGUAAAUGUCAUGUUUCAGAACAUUUUUGCUUGUAAAUAUAUGGAAAUUGAGAAUGAGUUCUUUAGAACUGGACUAUUAAUAUGGGGACUCAGCAUAAAAAGAUACAUUAAUCACUUCAUCUCCCUUCAGAGCUGAGGAUCUGGGCCCUGGUUGGUGUGGCUCAGUUGAUUGGAUACCAUCCUGUGCACCGAAGGAUCUUGGGUUCAAUUCCUGAUCAGGACAUAUUCUCAGGUGGCGGGUUCAAUCCCUAGCUGGUGCGCAUACAGGAGGAAACCAAUCCUUGUUUCUCUCCCGCUUCUUUCUUUCUAUAAUCAGUAAUUAAAAAAAAAAAAUCCUCACCCAGCCGGUGUAGCUCAGUGGUUGAGCUUCAACCCAUGUACCAGGAGGUCACAAUUCAAUUCCUGGUUAGGGCACAUGCCUGGGUUGUGGGCUCAACCCUUCUCAUUAUUGAUAUUUCUCUUUCUCCCUCUCCUUCUUCUCUCUGAAAUCAAUUUAAAAAAAAUUUUUUUUUAAAUCCUUGGGUGAGGUUAAAAAAAAAUUAGGGUCUAAGAGGGAGCAACUAUCAGUACAAACAAAAAUAUAUUCAUUUAUUUACUUACCUGAAAAUUUCUUUAGUUAAUUUUAUUUUCUAUUAUUUUCUGUUUGGGAAUGUUCAUUUUUAAUUCAAUUACAGUUGACAUUCAAUAUUAUAUUAGCUUCAGGUGUAUGGCAUAGUGGUUGCAUAUAUAAUUUAUGAAGUGAUCCAUCUUUCCGUAAGUCUAGUAUCCUGUUAAGGAAUGUUCUUAGGCAUCUAAACCCAGGUGGCUAUUAGAAAUACAGCAAAGCUAACAAUGGGAAAAAACCCAACUAGUCAAGUUAUAUAGUGUUGGCAAUCAGGCUGCUUGGUUCAGAGAAGCCAAAAGACAAGUCUUAGGAAACAGAUUUCUUCCAUGUGUGCUGAGAAUAAUGCUAUCAAACAUUUUUUGCUAACAGACCCCUAAAAUAAUUUUGCAAGUAUAUGUAAUCUUUUGCACAUUUUGAAAAUUGAGGUAUAACUAGUGAACAAUAGUGUUCCCUUCUGUAGACAUGUAACUACCCAAACCAAGCUCUAGAAGAACACCUGUCACCUUAGAAUAUUCCCUGUGCCCCUUUCCAGGCAGUCCUACCACUUCACGGCUCUCACCCUAGAUUAGUUUUCCUUUUGGCACAUGUUUCAUUGGACAUCUGAAUUUUAAGAAUAAAUUUUUGCCCUAGUUGGUUAGGCUCUGGAUAGAGAAUUCGCCUGUGGACUGAAAGGUUCCGGGUUCGAUUCUAGUCAAGGGUACAUGCCUGAGUUGUGGCCUCAAUCUCCAGUAGGGGGCAUGCAGGAGGCAGCCAAUCAAUGAUUCUCUCAUCAUUGAUGGCUUCAAUCUCUCCUUCUCCCUCUCUCUGAAAUCAAUAAAAGUAUAUUUAAAUGUUUUAAGUACUUUCAGAGGACAUACUAUCCAGUACAUUGUGUAUGUGCUUUAAAGAUUUUUAUCAAAGACUUGGAGCUGCAGAUGGAGUUGAUGGAAUUUGUAGAAAAUGUUCUGACAUAUAAACGGGCAAAGCCUGUUCUCAAAGUUAAUGAGCCAAAUCAGACUUAACUUUCAGUCAAAAAAUGUUUGACUUUUUAAUUAAAUUUAUUAACAUACACUUCUGGCACAACCUUCUCCAUUACAGUUCCGAGAUAGAAAGAUAAGGCUAGAAUUCUUAUAGCUCUCUUUACUGUACUCUGUCUUCUUUUGAGAGUUCUGAGUUUUUUGGUAUGCUUUUUGUCCUUGUGUUGUUGGUUUUUUAGGAGCAUUGUGAGGCAGUGCCCCAUAGGAAAAUUCUAGGUGUGUGAGAGGCAGUCUUUUGAAAAUAGGGAGUGUGGUGAUGGUGAAAAGGAAAUUAUUAAAGGGAAAUGUUAGAUCUGAACAGCCUUUAUCUGAGCAUAUAAAUCUUUGAACUGUACAUAUGGUAAUUAAAAAUCUUUAACUUGAUUUUCGUAUAGAUAUUCCCUAUCUACUUUUCCCAUGGAAAAAAUCUUGGUCUAUGCCCAGGGUUACCAGGAUGUCAGUUUGAAGAGCAAGGCCUUAGAAUUACCAAAUGUAAGGAUCUUAAGAAUCACCUACAUGACUUGUUUUAAAAGAUGAGCUCACGCAAACACCCUCUCCCCCGUCCCCUUCCUCAAAUCACAAACAUACACACUGACCCUUUGGUCUGGGCCACGGAUUUCCAUUUGCACAGGUGUUCCUGGAAGCUGGCACAGUGGGCCGCAGACCACACUUUUUUGGAAGUCUUGGCCUUAAAGAAAGGGGUUUUCCAGGUAUAGGCAGUAAAAUGAGUUUCCUUUAUUUAGCAUCGCAUUUAAUUUCUAGAGGCUAAGUUUUGUUAAAGUUGGUGAUUUUAAAAACUGGGAUUAUACUCAACCUCUUUUAUAUUGCACAGGAGACCAAAGGUCAGAGAUCUACUCAAAGUCACAGAGCCUGAACUAGAAUUCAAGUCUAAACUAGCUUAAACCAGACUCGCAAUACAUCUUUAAGCCAUUAUUGCUUUCUUCUCCUUAUUUAUUAAAUAUUUAAAUGAUGGUGCUUUGUUGAAUUUGAAACAACCAAUAACCUUAAAAUACUAGGGGAUAUGACUUGGCAGCCAAAAUUGGACUUCACAGAGAAUAGUGGCUUUUAACACUUUUUCCCACGAGAGAGAAGGCCCAGGAAAUGUCAGGCUUUCUUAUAUAAUCAGAUGAAUUAUUCCUCCCAUUGGGAGGACAAGGAAAGGUGUCAGAGGAACCUGAAGCAUUUUCUCCAGAAUUGUUCCUUCUAGGCGAAUGCUGCUCAAAAGUCUGCCUCUAGGCGUUAGGGACACACACACACACACACACACACACACACACACACAAUAAAUGGAACUAACCCUCUGAGUUUAAUAUUUUGUUAGGCUAUGGUAAAUGUUCUAAAACUUGAGAGAGAGAAAUUACUUUCCUCCCUAUUUUCCCCCAGUACGCCUCUUCAUGUUAGUUUAACAGCCCUCAGUUUUAUUCUUUCCAGUCGAAUGUUUUUGCAAGUGAUAAGAGGCAGGGGGGAUUGGGAAUCCUGUGUUCUCCUUAUGUUAAGUUUCAGUAUUUUAGAAAACUUAAAAAAACUGCAAAAUAUUACUUGUGUUUGUAGAUAGUCGAUGCUGGUUUGGGUACACCCUUCCUUGUACAGAAUCCUCCGGUGAUACUCCAGUUUCCUCCUCGUCCCCCGUGUUCACCUGGGUUUUCACUGUUCCCAUUAGUACUGAGUACUUUGCUUAGAAGAUACUUGAACUGUGUGUUUGAGCUAAAAAUGUAAUAAACCUACCCUCGGGCUUACUGUGCCUUACGGACCCUUUUGAGCCACAAAGUAAUACAGAGAAGUGUAUCUGCAGUAUUUCUUGGUGCCAUAUCUGAAAUCCAAGAUGCUGCUUCUGCACUUGGUUUUUCCUUUACCCAGGAUCCCUACUCCAUGUCUUCUGGGAGUGUAGCACAAGAAGCAGAAUUCCUUAUUUCUUGAGGGCAGAAUGGUGUAGUCAGCAGUUCCUCAGGUGCAAGAAACUAAACAGUCUUCAUCUGUUUCCAAUACUGUUCUUUUUUCGGUGCCACUGCGUUACAGGUACAUUUUACUCAGUGUCACUAAAGCAAGCAUUUGUAGGUGCAGUCUUUGCUGUUUGCUACUGUGUGAUAGAUUCUUGACUUCUAAACACUACCAUUUGUACGUAGUGAUCAUAGGCUCUGAGUUGUUGGAAACGUGCCAGUUUACUCCCCAUUUUUGAGCGUGCUAUCUUCAUCUCUUCCCUUUCACACUCAGAUGUCUUCAUUGAGAGUUAAAUUAUAUGGUCUCCAUAGAGGCCAUGCUUGAGUUGAAAUCCUGAUUGAGAGGAAAGAGCCUGUUGAAGUAGGUGUCAGUGGAGUUUAUGGUAUCUUGUAUUGCGCCUUAGACUUGUGAUUAAUGAAAUCAUCCCCCAUUAGCAGCACAUUUCUUGUUUUUGUUAUUUAAAUUAAUAUUUAUGAUCAUGUAUCUUGGACAAAAAGUUCAGAGCAUCAAUGACAAAUCCUUACAAAAGCAAAGCAAAUUUCUAGAUUAUAGUUAAAGAUGUCUCCCACCCUUUAAUAUUAACUCAUUAUACUUGCACUGCACUUAUAUUUGAUUUGCUUCUGUACUUGAUACUUAAAUCAGACUAUUAAAAUAUUAGACUAAGCCUUUAAAAUAAUAUAACCAUUUCUCCACAGUCGGUCUAUGGAAUAGCAUAGGCUCCCAAUCCAAGCUUGAAUAAUGGAUUGGCAUCCAGCCAUGCUAGCCUGCAACCCACCAUGAACUUUUCUAAUGUAAAAUGGAUCACUGCCAAGCAUUUGAAAUAUGCAGUUGUGUUUUAAUAAUGUAUAUGUAUUUAGAUGUGUAUAAUGCUUUAGGGACAUUAUUUUGUUUGUAAGAAUUUAUUUUUAAAGGUAAUGAUCGUUUGUAGCUUUUUAAAUGCCAGUUCAAUGCACUGUUGGCUCCUUUGAGAGAAGUCAUUAAUGAGAAGUUGGUGACUGUUAGGUCUUGGGUUCUACAAUGCUAUUAUAUAUUAUAGUGUUACCUCUUGGUUCUCUUUAGAAAGGAGUCUUGUUAACCAGCUCUCUGGUUUUUAUUCGACAGAGUUAUGUGAACUGAAAGUAUAUGUGGCUUUAGAUACUGUGAAUCUUGUUUUCUGUUUAGUCAGUAUCUGCUUCAGUUGUUCAGACCCAUGUUCUAAAGAAGAGCUCAUAUUGAUGGUUCUCCCAUUGUUGGGUGUCCAUGCAUCCACACACAAUGUCAGGAUUGAUGAUACUUUUGCUAAAAAUGGGCGUGGUCAGAAACUAGCUGUGAUUAAAAUCUGCACGUCAAAAGGUAAGGGAACCUGCAUGCUCUUUCCUGUGCCACAAGUGAAGCGCACGCUAUUGGCAGAUGCCUGGGAUUUUGCACUGCCAUCGGGUGUGUGGAGGUGACUUUGUUGGAAUUGCCCAGAUUUGUGAUUAGCAGAGUUGUGGUUUCGCAUAUGAGGAGAAAUAUCGAGGACCCUAAACUGAAAAUGGGUGUCUGAGGGAGAGGUUCAAGUAAGUGGCUUCCCAUGCCUAAUUUGGGGAUUGUUUUCUUUUUUUGUUUGCCAUUGCUGUAGCCUUCCUUUAUGGGAGCUACCAGAUCUCUUUCCUUCUGUGGGAGAAUGUCCCAUGAGCAUUUUAAGAUCUUUUGAUGCAAUGAGCAUGUAGUCCCAACUAAUGUCGUUACUGGUGAAUGUAGCAUUGUUAAAGAAAAUAUAAUAAAUCCACACUUUGAUUUACUGUACCUCUAUCAAGAGCUUUUCGAAUGGCUAAAAAUGUUACAGAGAAAGAGUUGUAUCUGCAGAAAAGCUGGUCAGUAUUUCUCGGUAGCUUAUCUGAAAUUCAAGGUGCUAGUUCUGCAGAUGGUUUUCCUUAUCCGGGAGCAGAGCACAGCAAGUAGAAUUCCUCAUUUCCUGGAGGCAGAACGGGUCAGGGAUCUAAAAGGGCCAAAUAGUGCUAUCAGCAAUUCCUUUCUCAGUACAGUUGCUGGAAUUUGGCAAAUGCUUUAUUGAAAAUUGAUAUUUUAGCACCAAGAGUUUGUCGGGGCAUCGCAGGGCGUUUUUAGUUCUCUGUUGACUUAGCAGUGAUUAGUUUGGUGUCAGACAGUUCCCCUUCCUCCCUCCCUUACUAUUUUUCCUUGGAGCUCAAAGUUGUUCUCUACUCUUGGGUAUUGCUUUUACACCAAAGGCCUUCUGUCUACCACCCCUUUAGAUGAGAUUCUGCUUUUCCAGUCAGUCCCCGGAAUGGUUCUGUUGCAGUUAGUUGGUGGAUUUUAGCAAUAAGGAAGGGAAGCUGUGACAUCAGAGUUCCUGAUGUCACACAGUUUGGACGGCAGUUCCCUUGGUGUGUGCCAUUCGGGAACAGGGCAAUGAGCUCCCUUGUGUCUCAGCGCUAAGAAAUUGAGGUCAGCCUUCCCUCUUCAGGGGGAUUGUAUCUUUCCCCUCUACGUGGCAUUGCUUUUUCAUUUUCUCUUAAUAAGAAUCAAAAUGUCUCCUUUGGUUUUUUCUUUCCCCGUAUAAAAGUAGUGGACGGUGUAUUCAAAGGGGAAUGAAACGUUUCUGGCCCCUUGGCACUUGGCAAGGUAGGGUCUUAAGCAGCCUGUGAAUGGGACUCUCCAUAGGUUAUAGCUGGACACUUCUAAGUGCCUCUCAGAGAUGAGUAAGAUUAUUCCACCACCGUGAGUCCAGUCUCGACCUUUCUGCACCACAGUUUUUCUCUUUAUACCUCAUAGUUUAACCGUGGGGGAGCAACUUGAACUAUAACUGCCUUGAAUAAGAUAUUAGAAGUUGUUAUGCCCUUGGAGACCAAGCUCUGGGAUUGUCAUAAAGUGGGAGAAAAUGGCGAUUCAAAAUAGCUUCGAAUAGUGGCCAGCUCACUGGAGCGAGGGAAGGAGACUGUCGUGUGCCCGCCUGGUCUUUGUAAGUCCACUGAGUUAAUGGCCCUCGUCUUUUGUAUUUGCACUAUGUAAUGCUUUUAAUACCUGUUGAUUCUGUUGUGCUUCGUGUAAUAAAUAUCUUUCAUUUUGCCA